GAUCGAGGCGGGGCGCGGCGCGGCGGAGGGAAGAUGGCGGCGGCGGGCCGGUGGCGGGCCGGGCUGGCGCUGCUGGCCGUGGCGCUGUCGUUGGGCGGGCCGCGGGCCGAGCAGACGGAGGAGCACCUCAAACGGGAGCACUCCCUCUCCAAGCCGUACCAGGGUGUGGGCUCGGCCAGCUCGGGGCUGUGGGACCUGCAGGGCAACGCCAUGGUCAUGACCCAGUACAUCCGCCUCACCCCCGACGUGCAGAGCAAGCAGGGAGCCGUCUGGAACCGCGUGCCAUGUUAUCUCCGAGACUGGGAGAUGCAGGUGCAUUUUAAAAUCCACGGGCAAGGCAAGAAAAACCUGAAUGGAGAUGGCUUUGCUAUCUGGUACACCAAAGAUCGCAUGCAGCCAGGGCCUGUCUUUGGAAGCAAGGAUAACUUCCUGGGCCUGGGAGUGUUCGUGGACACCUACCCAAACGAGGAGAAGCAGCAGGAGGCUCAGAAGAGGAGGUACAGCCCGGGAAAUCAGCGCGUCUUCCCCUACAUCUCGGCCAUGGUGAACAACGGCUCUCUCACCUACGACCACGACCGGGAUGGGAGGCCGACGGAGCUGGGGGGCUGCACGGCCAUGGUGCGCAACCUCAACCACGACACCUUCCUGGUGAUCCGCUACGUGAAGAGGAGACUGACGGUGUUGAUCGAUAUCGAUGGUAAGCACGAGUGGCGAGACUGCAUUGACGUGCCGGGCGUGCGCUUGCCCCGCGGGUACUACUUCGGGACCUCUUCUGUCACCGGAGACCUGUCAGACAACCAUGACAUCAUUUCGCUGAAGCUUUACCAGCUGACGGUGGAGCGGACGCCAGAGGAGGAGAAGCGGGACAGAGAGGUGUAUCUGCCAGUCGUGGACAACCUGAAGCUGCCGGGAAUGGAGGCGCCGCUGGAGCCCAUGAGCGGCCUGGCUCUCUUCUUAAUUGUCUUCUUCUCCCUUGUUGCCAUCGUUUUUGCCAUUGUCAUUGGAGUCAUCGUCUACAACAAGUGGCAGGAGCAGAGCCGGAAACACUUCUAUUGACUUGGGACCCACCCCGCGAUGGCCCGUUGCUAGUCCUUGCUGGCCGUGUCCCGGCUCCCACCUGUCCCAGACUGGCCAGAGCGUGAUGGACCGACCCUCACGGCAGGGACCCUCGUGUCCCCCCGAAAACCCCAGCGGGGACAGCUGCUGUUUCUUAUCAGGCUCCAGAACUCCCACACUGCUCCCGGUGGGAGUGGGGGAUCCCCAGCGUGGUGUGCGAGGGACCGGGAGCCGAGCGCUGCGGGGACGGACCUGCCAUCCCCUGAAGGGGCUUUGCUUUCUGAGCUGUUCAGGAGGACGGGCUGUGCCGGCGGUGCUGAGCUGUCUCUGCCAUCCAAGGAGCCCGAAAGCGGGCAGAAAUUGCCACCUCAGCGGUGAAAUGCCGGCUGAGGUUCGCCAGCGAGCGCCUGCUUCCCUCGCCGCCUCCUGCAAUAACCCCUCGCAGUGUUGCCAUUACCUUCGCAACCCCUUAUCUCAAUGGUUUCAUUUCCAGGAGGGGUUUUUCCAAGCCGUUCAUCCCGCUCCGUCUGUUCUCCGUCGCUUGCCUUAGGCUGUCUUUGGAGACUGGACUGUUUUUCUUUGUAAUUUGAAUUCCCGUGCUGCUGUGCAACCCACCUCCGCCCCGCUAGUUGCCGAGGUUUGGUGUUUCGGGGCAGGGAAUGGUGAUGGUUUUCCCUGGCAGCGAGGCGGGUCGAGCUGGGAACCUGCCUGGCUGCUGGGCUCACCCCUCGGGGAGCAGCCAGUCUCCUCCACAGCCCCUCGCUGCAGACCCCUCCCCGGUCCGGGGUGUAACGCUGGGUUCCCCAUUUCUAAUAACCGUUUGCUGCUGCGCCUCGGGGCUUGGCCCCUCUCCCCGUUCCGUAGGGCCGCGGCCGAGCAUGCCGCCACCUCCGCACGCCUCCCGUCCCGGCGCGGCCUCCUGCACCGUGGUGUUUGCAUGUCGUGUCGUGGCUUCUGGCAGCUUUCCCCUCGGUGCUCGCUGCGUCCCGGGGCCCCUCCGAGGAGGAGCUGAGCCUCGCGGGGCGAUCCCCUGCCUCUCGGAGCCGGAGCUCUCGCUGCCUUUCAGGGAGUCGUAGUUUAUUCCUACCUCAGUGACUGCUUUGGUCAACGAUUGCGUGUCUCUUGCCGGUCGCCACAGCCGCCUUCGCCCCAGGGGCCUUGUGGGUUGCUCACAAGGUGGUGGCACAGAGGGCACGGGGUCCCCGGUGGGACCCAGGAGAGGGAGAUACUAGGUCAGUUUGUCCCAGGGGAGUCUAGUGGCUCUGGGGACAUCAAGGCGGCAAAUUUGUCACCCCACCAGCAGCAGCACCCUCCUCGACGGUGUCCUGGGGAGCCAUGUCCUUGACCUACUGCUUUCCAGGACGCCUGCGCCGGAUCCCCACGGGCUCCCAGUGGUGCCUGGGAUGCACGCACGUGUGGCCGGCAGUUUUUUGGCAGGAUGCUGUCGUGGGGGUUGGUGGGAGGUUUUUUCAAAGUGCUCAAUGGUGGUUGUGGCCCAAAAAGAGAGUGUUUCUGGUGUUUUGCCUCUUCUUUCUGUCUGAUAACCAGGGGCGAAAUGUCUGUGCCUCUCCCUGGAGCUGUAGCUGGUAUCUCAGAAUAAACAUCAGUGUGUGUGUG